AUGGAAUCGAAUGAAAUUGAAGCAUCUUCGAAAUCGGGAACAAACAUUCGAAAUGAUAAGAAUGCUAUCAUCGACUACGACGAAGACAGAAAAAAUUGUCAAUCUUUGAAUUUAUAACUUUGCAAAAAAAAUUAUACAACAAUUUUCCUGGAAAUAAACAUACACAGCAGAGAGGAUUUGGAUUAAAUUAAUUAAAUAAUUUCGUCGGCGGCACACUUGACAUUUUCGGAAAAAACUUUGCAUGAGAUGACAGCAUCUUAUUCUGAGAUAUCAUUUGAUUCGCAAUCCUCACCACCUAUCUCGGAACUGAGGUCGCUCAUUGACUCCCCGGAUAUCGACAGUGGAAAAUUCCUGGAUGAUAAUUUGGACAAAAUAGGUGGAACCAGCCACAGACCGGAUCAAUUAGAUUUGAAAAGUAGGAGUGGGAGUCCAAUAGAGGAUGAUAAUCUAGAUUUGCCAAAUUACCACAAAGCCAUGGGUUAUUUGCAAUUGGAAGGAAGAGUGAUGCAAGAUGGAGAUAUGGUAUUAUUUGUGACAGAAGAUCUAGAGAACAAAAUCAAAUUGUCCAGUCCAGUGACGAAAAAAGGAGAUACUCCAUCGUUUCCAGGAUCUCGAAGUUCGACUCCAUGUUUGUAUAGGCAAGCUUUGACUCCGCAGUUGCCGUCUCUCGAUCAUAAUGUAUUAAAUGAAUUAGAAAUGGAAGCUAGGAAAGUUGCAACUUCCGUGGAUGCAUUAACUGAAAAUUUAGCCGCAAUUUUACAAAACGCAUCGGCUCUUACUGUUGGUUGUUUAGAAACAUAUAGAGAUGCAGUGUGCAAGACGUGUGACGCUGUUGAUCAUAAUAUAAAGUCGAUGUAUCAAUUAAUGGCUAAGUGUGAAGAAUUGUCUAAAUCAAUGAGGCCAAUUUAUAAAUUAGCAGAACAAAUCAAAGAGAUGAAAAGGAUGCUGGAGCUGUUUGAAAGCGCAUUGAAUCUAUAGAAUACGAUAGAGGAAGAAGUUGCUGCACGAUGCAUCUUAAAGUGUUACACAUUUUUAGAUUUAGAAUGGCAAUGCAAUUGUCUGAUUUGUGAGAUAGCAAACAAUAUUAUGUUGAUUUAUGUUGAAAUAUUAUUUAAUAUUUAUUAUUAAAGAAAAUAAAACAAUGUUUUUUUCUUGAA